AACGAGCGAUCAUUUCUAAUCAUUUCUGUGCUGUGAAAAUCUUGAGCAGACAAAGCUUGUUAAAGACUGGUUUAAGAUGGCUCGUGAUACUUUCCGCGCAGAAGAAGACAUUAUUUUUCUCUCGUGUUUAAUAGCUUUUGGUUCAAUGAUGAAUUGGCAUGCCGAGUCUCUACACGAAGUUCUCCAGGAUCUGAAGAUGAAGGUAAAAACAUUCAUGGAUGAACAAGAAGAAGAAAACAGUGAGCAAGAAGAGGAUGAGGAUGAUUUUAUAACAAUGGAAUUUGGUGCAAAAUCCCCUGAUCACUCAAGUCCCCAGAAUGAAGGAGCAAAUCUAGCACAAUCCCCUGAUGAUCAUUCAACAAGUCCCCUGAUAAUUCAAGCUGGAGGAGUGGCUCCCUAUCAUCCACUCCACAACCCAUGUGCUCCCAGGCCUACAUUUUUAAGGUAUGGAAAGAACUCCCCUGGAUUUUCCAUACACAAACUCCGGCCUAUUGUUGACAUCCAAAGAUCAGAAGAAGAGUCCAGGGCAAAGGCAGAGUCUGAGGCAGAGGCAGAGACAGAGGCAGAUCAGGGUUACAAUGGAGAAAAAUCUCAAGUCAAUGAAGAUUAUGUCAAUGAGUCCCACGGUCCUCAAUUAGCCCAAGACUCACCUAGUCUGGAGGAUCAAGAAUCAAAACAACCAAAUGAUACAACAGAGCCCAACCCCAAUUCUCUGCUCCUGCUCGCCCAUAGAAUUAACACAAGCACUGUUGGAUUCAAAAGCUGUAGGUCUGUCAUUCGCAAGAUGAUGUUACCUCUAUUUAUGUUGCUUGUAUUGGUCACGGUCACCGUGACUUCUGGAUUUGACCUGCUGGUGCUGGAUAAUAAUUAUUUGGGCUCCAGUAUUGUGCAUCAUCACAGUGCCCAUAUGAACAACCCUCUGCCGCUUACAGAAAGAGUGAGUUUAUCACAGAAAAUAAAAGGGUUCUUCUUCUUGUUACAACAGUCUGAAGAAAGAGAAAAAGAAAAUAGACAAACAGUGAGACAGUCCAGCACUGCUACUCUUGCACUGGUGCAAGAAAUUCGAAAGGUUGAACAAAUGCAAGAUGAAAUCGGCGAGGAUGCUAGCCGGGUAUUUCACCUGCAGGAGCUAAAACAGGCUGAAGAAAGAGAAGAUAACUUAGCAACUGAAAAUGGUGAGAACGCAGGCCUUUCUUGGCCUGAUAGUGGAUGCAAUGCUUCUCAAUACUUGUCUCAGGAUUUGAAGGAUGAUACAAAAAUACUCUUAAAAUCUGCAAUUGAACCUGAAUUAAAGCAGUGCAACGAGCUAAAAGACCAUACUAUUGAGGUUGAUAGUUCUGAUUUCAGGACUAGCCUUUCAGAGGUUAACCGCCAGUCUCAUCUUGCAGGAAAUGAGAUGAUUAAAUCUGAUGUUUGGGGCCACGCACACUGUUUAGAAACUUUUGAGGAGCACCACCAUGGAGGAUUAAAUCGUCUUCAAUCGAAAGAUUCCUUGAGUAGCAAAGUUGUUUGUCAGCUACAAAGGGACUGUGAUGAAAUCCCUCGAAUUGCUGAACUCAAAAAAAAUGAGGAGAUUAGGUUGCCUGACAGGGAUUGUUUGCCACAUUCGAAAUCUGAUGGAGCUGUGGAAGUUUUAGCUGUUGCAGGUUGCGAUGUAAAGAAAGAGAUCCUCUCCACUCCAUCGAAAGGAGAGAAGAGGACUAGUGGUGAGAUGAACUCAAAGAUAAAUUGUUCCAAUGGUGAAGUCUGUCAAGAUGAAAUCGGUGAGGAUGCUAGCCGGGUAUUGGAGAUAGCCUGUCUUCGUUUAGCCCAAUCAGGACUGAAUCAUGAUGCAGCUGAAACUAUUGCAUUUGUGGGUAAGCUGGUCGAUUCCUCUUCUAGUUACUCCAAUACGAGUAAGACUGCCACUGCGGAUACUGAUCAAGCCAGUAAAGAUGAAACCAAUCAGAUAAUUCAAGGGAAUUCAUCUACUGUACCCGUCUAUCCUAGUGAAGAACCUACCAGUUUUAGCAUUGAUGUAAAACAUUAUGUUCAUCCAGAACCUUAUGAUCAAAUUGUUGCAGAAGAUGAGGAGAAUUCAACAGUUCUAGCUACUGUAGUGGCACUGACAAUUCUGUUGAUUUUAGUUGCUGGUGGAAAUAGGUGGCGUAAGGCCCAAGAAAUAGAGGUCACAAAACGGUACAGCAGGAAUAAGCCUAGAAAGGGAAGGCAGCAGAUUGAACAAACUGUCUUUCACAGCACAAUCUUUCUUAGGAGAUCAUAUAAGAUCUGAUUCUAAAAGAUUGUAUACAUACUGCUUCUCUGUUGUUUCAUUUCUUUUUGAGUUUGUAGACAUAUGAACAGUGCUAGAAUUGCUAAAGCAAUUCUCUUGAACUAGGAUUUUGAAACAGGAAAAGUCGAUGUGAACCAAAACCAUGAGCAUAUCUCAUGGAUAUUUUCCACUUGUUCUUACUCUUACAUUACUCUUCCACGUGUUUUACUCUUGUGAAAUUUUGAUGCUCCCUGUAUGCCAUUAUCUCCUCUCUCUAUCAUGGCUGAUCUCUAUGUCUUUCAGUCUCUUGACUUUGAAAUUUGGGUUCAUGUG